AUGGGGCCUCGCUGCGGCGGCCUCGCCCGGAGGCCCGAGAAGGGGAGGGGACGGGGACGACGACGGGGAGGAGGAAGGAAGGAGGCCGCGGAGCCGCCGCCGGGCUCACCGGGACCGGACGCGCCGGGUCGAGAUGGGUCCUCGCCGCCGCCACCUGUCGGGCCGAGCUCUCCUGCCGCCGCCGCCGCCGCCGGGCCUCCCUCCCUCCCAGACUCAAGCGCUGCCUCAGCCCCGGCCCCGCUCGGCCGGUCGGUCAGUCAGUCAGUCACUGCAGCAGCAGCAGCAGCAGCAGCAGCCGCCGCCUCCGCGCGCCUCCAGCCGAGUCUCAGGUCCUGCGGGGCGAGGGACCGAGAGGGGGAGCGUGACGUGAGGCCCCGCCCUCUUAAAGGGGCCACGGCCGCCCUCCGAGCGCCUGCCUGGCGGGGCGUGUGGCGGGCUGCUGGGUGUGGGUCCGUCGGUCUUUGUGUGGGCGUCUGUAUAUCCAAGUGCUUGUCUGGAGCCAAAAUGCUGUGUCCUGGGGAUAUGAUAACAGACUUUUAAUGGAGGCAGAAUGGGAAGGGCUCUCCAAUCACAGUAGGAAUUAGUCAAGAGGAAUCAACCAGCUCAGCACUGUUAAAAAGGAGCUACCCAGCUUCUUUUCAGACUGAGGUUGAAUCCUUCUUACCCUUCCGGGACCAUCAGAAAAGGCAGAGGAGGAGAAAUCCCUUGAAACAAGCCCAGAGACUUACCCUGUUGAUUUCAGAAAAGCCUCUUUUAUCAGUGUCAGCCACUUGGACUGAAGCCCUGCUUAAUAUCCUUCCUUCCCUCUCUCCCUACGGGGCCUCCCUUGAAAGCCUUUGAAAGUGACAAGAGGGGAGGGAAGAAAACCCUCAGCCACAGCCUGGCUCAGAGCUGGAGCCACAGAAGGCAACCGGCAUUACACUCCCAUAGACCAUGGCGAUACCACCAGCUUCCCCGUUUCUGGGAGGAAUUUGCAGCUGUCAGCAAGCACCCAGGAUUUGCAACUCUCAAGUGGUGGAUAAGGGGAGCCUCCUGCUUCAUCCUGUGCCCCAGGAUGAAGGAAUAAUCAGGAAGGUGACCCUUCUUAAAGCACUGGGACUGCUCCCACCAAUUAGAGUCUGCUAGCGUAAGACUAAUAAAGACAAAAUGGGCAGAUAGAUGUGGGAAUGCUUUGGAAAUUCAUGAAUUUAGAAACAGGGUGUAGCAACUUCUUCAUUUGCUGCCCUUUCUCCCCACUGUUCAUCUUUAUGAGAUCAUGUGUUUCCUAAGAUAAUUCCACUCCUUAAGAAUUCAUCUUAUGCAGUGAUGUUAAUUCAUCUUCCUCAGAAGUGACAGAAUUAAAGUGAUACCCCAAGUAAAGGGGGUAUUUAGAAAUCAGGCUACCUAAAUUGUUCUAAAUUCCUUGUGUCAUCUCCUAAGAUAGUCCUCCCCCUCUUCCAGUUUCCCCCCAUCCCAGCACACACACACACACACACACACACACACACACACACACACACAUCCUUCCUUUCUAACUUGUAGGCAGGCGAUGACACAAAUGUUAGUGUCAUUCUAUCACACUCUGCUACAAUCACUGAAUCUUAGAACUAGAAGAAAAGUUAGAAACCAUCCAGUCCAACCCAGACCUGAGCAAGAAUCUUCUUUAUUAACAAGUUGUCAACCAGCCUUCAUCUGAGGACCUGCAGUAAGUGGGAACCUACCAGCUCCCAAAGCAGCUCAUUCCACUUUUAGAAAGCUCUCAUUAUUGGGAAGUUUUUUUUCCUGACACCUGCUAGAAAUCUGCCUCUCUGAAGCUUCCACUCAUGGGUCAUAGUUCUGGCUCUUAGGACAAACAGAACAAAUCAAAGCCCUAUUCCAAAGGACAGGCCUUCAAAUACUUGAAAGCAAUGACCAUUUUCUCCUCGCCAGACUAAACAUCCUAAGUCCUCCUACUGAACCUCAGAAGUCAUGGCCUUGAGGCACUUGAGCACCCCAGUUACCCCAUUCUGGACACUCUCCACUUGUUCCUGUCUUUCCUAAAAUUAAACUGAAUACCAUAUUGCACAGGCAGUCUGAGCAAGUCAGAGUCCAGUGGAAUAACAUUAGCUUCAUUCCAGACAGUGCAGCUCUCUUAAUGAAGCCAAAGAUUGCCUUUGGGGAAUGCCAAGUCAUACUCAAACACCUUAUUCUCUUCAUUUCUCCAUUCCUUUUUUUUUUUCAACUCUUCUGUUCUUUUCUCCUACCUCUGA